AUGACUUGCACCAAGAUUCUCCAUCGCAAAACUGAUCCCGGAAAUCAUGAGAAUAAUAUAGGUGCGCGUCCGAGGUUCAAUUCCCAACUCACAUCAGAUCGCUUAAGAGAAAGCUUCGAAACUCCGACCAUCCCGAUGCCUAGCAAUAUCCGGAAAGGACGACGGUCGAUUUUUAGGGAGGAAGGGCUCACAGAAGAGGAGAUAAAAAGCCAAGAGAUGUCUCCGGAGACUCGUCAAGACGAAGAAAGUGGCCAAGUGGAAGGAAUAGGGUCGACUUCGGAAAUAUCCUCGCCGGUUGAAGCACUGAAACCUUCCCACACAGAAGAAGAAGGAGAAGAAGAAGAAGAAUAUUCGUCGAGAGGGAAAUCGAGAUGGUUUUCAAAAUUGGCCCAGACGAGGCGCCCAACAAUCAAAUCUGCUUCCAGUGCGCCACCUCCCACCAUUGCAGGGCUACAUAGGCUCUCUAUGAUCGUCCUGCUUAUCACAAUUGUUCUUCCUACCAUUAGUUUUAAUAACGGCCGCAAGAAGGUUGAAAUUAGCGGUGCGGACGCCGGCGUAAUCAGAUCAGUUCCCAACAUCAUUCUCGACAACCGAGAUACUAGCCCUACCACAGUUUGUACAAGGUGGGCUGGCCAAAGCGCUUUAAUCAAUGGAACCGUUUACUUCUACGGUGGUCGAUCGAAGACGACAGGAGAUCAGGUCACCGACACAUGGAAUAACGACUUUCUUACCCUCGACCUCACAAAGUCGUGGAACAUAGACUCACCAGCUCUCGCCGGCCUAACCCAACCAUCAGGACCUCCAGCCGUGUCGCUCGGCUAUCUCUGGAACGACCUGGAUCACCUCUACCUCUACGGCGGCGAAUUCUCCGACGACCCCAUCGCGCAGCCAUCGCAGGUCUCCACGUGGAUGUACGACGUCGCCUCCUCGACCUGGAGCGAAUUCCAGGACCCUCGAACAUCCGCAGGCAACUUCUCGGACCCCGCAGGCGAGCCUAUCCAACGAGCCGCAGAAGGCGCCGGCAUCUCCGUGCCAGAGCUCGGCAUCAGCUGGUACUUUGGCGGCCACCUCGACUGGGCCACGACACCAGGGUGGACGAACGAAAUCGGCCGCGUCUACUUGAACAGUCUGCUCGAGUUCACACACCCCGGCUACGCCAACUCCGGCGUCGAGUCUCUUCGCACUUCCGGCGCCCCUGAUGGCGGCGCGUACCGCAACAUCACCUGGGGCGGCAUCCAGAACCAAGACGGCUUCACCGAGCGCGCCGACGGCGUGCUCGUCUACGUGCCGGGCUGGGGCCCCUCCGGGAUCCUCCUCGGCCUCGGCGGCGGCGUCGUCGGCGCGCACGAGACCACCGACGCCUUCGCCUCCAUGAGCACCAUCGACGUCUACGACAUCAAAACAAGCACCUGGUACCACCAGCAGACGCAUGGCGAGGCCCCCCAGGUGCGCGUCAACCCGUGCGCCGCCAUCUUCUCCGCGCCCGACGCCAGCUCGUUCAAUAUCUACAUGUACGGCGGCCAGAACCUGCUGCCUUACGGCAACCAGACGCAGUACACCGACAUCUGGAUCCUCACCGUCCCGGCCUUCACCUGGAUAAAGGUCGACGCUUCUGUUAGUAGUAGUAGUAGUGGCGCCGUGGAGCCGCCCGCCCGCGCCGGCCAUCAGUGCGCGGCGCGCGACGGGCAGAUGGUCGUGGUGGGCGGGUACGUCGGGGCCGCGAUCGGCUGCGACAGCCCCGGGAUCUACAGCUUCGACGCGUCGAAGCUGCAGUGGAAGGGCUCGUUCGACGCCGCCGACCACGCCGCCGACGAAUCUGCGGACAACAGCGUGCUCGCCGGCAGCUACGGGUACCUCGUGCCCGCGGCGAUCCAAUCGGUCGUCGGCGGCUCGUCGGAGGGCGGCGCGACGGCGACGCAGCCGGCGUCGGGCCCCGCGACAGACGGGCCGUUCAAGACGGGGGCGCCGCCGGUUUUCACGGUCACGCAGCCCGGCAGCACGGCGACGGUGACGUCGAGCCCGAACAACAGCCCCGGCCCCGGCUCCAACCCGAACUCGGGCACCUCCACCGCUGACGAAAAGUCGGACGCAAACGCCGGCCUCAUCGCAGCCGGCGUAAUCGCCGGCUCCGCGGGCGUCGCGGCGCUGUACCUCGGCUUCUGCGCGUGGCUGUACCGCCGGCAGGUGGCUGCGUACCGCCGCCACAUGGCGGUUGCGAACCGGUACUCGGGCGCCGACGACAACGACAGUUUCAACAACAACAACAAUGGCUGCACGGGCCUCGCCGCGAUGCGCGAAAAAAUAAUCCGCAAGCACCGGCGCAACUCGUCGAGCGCCGACAACUCGCACGAGCAAUUCGGCUGGGUCGGCCAGCAACUAGCGGAGCCGAAGUGGGGGGCUGCCUCCGGCAGCGAGGAGCCGAGCCCCGGGACCUCUGCGUCCGGGCGGCCGCGGCCGAGCGAGGAUCGGAAUCCGUGGGCUUAUGACGGUGGAGGGGGGUGGUGGGCUGGGGCUGGGGCUGGGGUGGGGAGGUCGAAGAGCGGGGCGACGAAGAGCACGGCGAGUGGGGGGUCCGCGGAGGCGCUGCUGGAUGGGCGGGAGCCGAAUUUCAUUAGCGUCUUGUUGGGCCCCAGACGGGCGUUGCGGGUUGUUAAUGGGAUGGAGGAGUAAAGGGUUGGUUGGUUGGUUGGCUGGUGAGCUGAGCUGAGCUGAUGAUGCUCUUGCCCACACUCCCCCCCCCUUUUUUGAUCAUCUCGUUACGUUGCUCCUACUGAGUUGAGUGUUGGCUAUUUAUUGUGUUGUGUGGUUGGUUGUUCAUUUCUUCAACUAAUUGCUUAUUUAUUCCCCUUUGCUGGUGGUUGGAAGAAUCUGGUCUGGGUCCUCCAUUGUUUGUUGGACUUGUGGGAAAUGGCUUUACAGUACGAGAAACGAAAUGGAUGUAGGUAUGAAGAUGGACUUUUCUGGGUGUGCAUAGGUACCUUUGGGUGGUUCGGUGGGAUGGACCCUGAUGCAGUUGGUUCAUGGCGGGAAUAUAGGCACUGAACGAGUGCAAACCUAACGUAUAUAACGAGUCGAAAAAUAUGACAAAUACAGUAAUGUUGAAUAUUGUAUAUACUGGUUUUUGAGAACUAUCUGUUCAUGCCUAGUAACCUAGAUUCGCUGGUGAAAUCAAGGCUCAAUGCCAAAUAUACACAA